UCCUCCUAGCUAGCAAGCUAGAAAUCAGAACGAUGUCAUUUCCCGGAAGCGAAAACCAAGAUUGGGCCAUUCUCUUUAGUGUUUGCCUUGUCUGCCUUUUCCCCACCUUUUCACCACCAACAUUUGAUCCAAAUUCACACGGAACCCCUACACAUUUGGAGCAAAAAACAAACCAGUAAAAUACUUAAGAAACGUAUCCAAUGGAAUAACUAAGAACUGGACAGAAAGAACGAGGCAGAGCUUCGCAGACACUGUCCUCAAAAUCGAAAAACGUCUAUUUCGCUGCUGCGCCGCAAAGCUCUCACCUCGAGUUAACCUGAGCCUGCCGUCUGACUCAACCAAAGCCAGCCGGCCAGUAUGUCCCAGUUCCAGUGUCCGGGUAACCCAAUGUCCACUCCUGCUGCCAGCCCCAUGCAGCAGCUGUCUCAGCCCCAUCCAGGGUAUAGCAUUCCCUGUGCAUCGGGCCCCCUACCCUCUGAGAGCGCAAGUCACCCUCUCCGGAGCUCUGCCCUGCCCUCAGGCUCAGCUACUCCCUUCAGCCCCUCCUCCUCCACAGUAUCUAACAUGGCAAACCCUAAAGAGAAGACCCCAAUGUGUCUGGUGAAUGAGUUAGCCCGUUUCAAUAAGAUCCAGCCUGAGUAUAAGCUGCUUUGUGAGCAAGGACCAGCUCACUCCAAGAUCUUCUCAGUGCGGUUAUCGCUGGGGGAUCAGCACUGGGAUGCUGAGGGGACAAGUAUAAAGAAGGCCCAGCACUCUGCUGCUGCCACAGCCUUAGCCCAGACCACGCUGCCCAAACCUAGCAUGAGGAGCAACCCCCGCAACAACACAGGCAAGAACCCAGCACAGCUGGCUUCUGGUGCGCCGGAGAUCGACUGCAUGACACACACGGUGGAGCUGAACGCCCUCUGUAUGAAGUUAGGGAAGAAACCCAUGUACAAGCCCAUAGACCCCUACCCCGGGAUGAGACCGCCCAGCUUCAACUACAACAUCCGAGCCCCAGGGCCUUACCAGCGCUCCAUGCAACAGUACUACUACCCCUUUCCCCCUGUGGGCCCCGUGCUCUACCACAUGGAGCUGAACAUCGGAGGCCAGCAGUUCCAUGGGAAGGGUCGCACGCGACAGCUCGCCAAACACGAUGCCGCCGCCAAGGCCCUGAAGACGCUGCCGAAGGAGCCCAUACUGCUGCAGCAGCUGCCUGAGAUGAACGGAGAAGACUCAGAGGAGAACCUCAACAAAUCAGAAAUCAGUCAGGUUUUUGAGAUCGCGCUGAAGAGGAACAUGCCGGUCAGUUUUGAGGUCCUGAAGGAGGCCGGCCCACCCCACAUGAAGAGCUUCGUGGUGCGUGUGGCGGUGGGGGAGUUCAGCGGUGAGGGUGAGGGCAAGAGCAAAAAGAUCGCUAAGAAGCUGGCGGCUACAGCUGUCCUGGAGGAACUGAAGAGACUGCCUCAGCUGCCUCCAAGCAUGGAGAAGAUGCAGCCGGCACGCAUUAAGAAGAAAACCAAGUCCAUCAUCAAGCUGCAGACCAGUCCAGAGUAUGGGCAGGGCAUGAACCCUAUCAGCCGACUGGCUCAGAUCCAGCAGGCCAAGAAGGAGAAGGAGCCGGAGUACAGCAUGGUGACGGAGAGGGGGCUGCCCCGACGCAGGGAGUUCAUCAUGCAGGUGACAGUGUGUGGCCAAUGUGCGGAGGGCAUGGGCCCCAGUAAGAAGGUAGCGAAGAGGAAUGCUGCGGAAAAGAUGCUGGAGCUUCUCGGUUUCAAAGUGCCUCAGCCUCAGCCUCCCAAACCUGCACUUAAAACAGACGAAAAGGUUCCAUUGAAGAAAAACGGAGAUGGAAGGAAAGUGACCUUCUUUGAGCCAGGUUCUGUGGAGGAGAGCCAGUCACUUGGCUCCAAGGAUGAGGACUACCGCCUGCCCUACCUCAGCCACCAGCAGCUCCCAGCUGGCAUCCUGCCCAUGGUGCCUGAAGUGGCCCAGGCUGUUGGGGCUAGCCCUAGCCAGGGGCACCAGAACAAGGACUACAACCACCGGACAAACUCAGCCAAGGCCACCCUGACGGCCAUGAUUGCCAACGAGCUGCUGUAUGCUGGCACCUCCCUGACCGCCGAGGCUAUCCUGAAGAGCCAGAACAGUAUGGGUCACCUGGUACCACACGGACCUCUGACCAGACCCUCCGAACAGCUCAGCUACCUGGCCAGUGUCCAGGGCCUGCAGGUAGAGUACAAAGAUUUUCCCAAAAACAACAAGAACGAGUUGGUGUCGCUGAUCAACUGCUCCUCUCAGCCUCCCCUCAUCAGCCAUGGGAUUGGCAAGGAUGUGGAGUCCUGUCACGACAUGGCAGCCUUGAAUAUCUUGAAACUACUGGCGGAGCUUGACCAGCAGCAGACCGGUGAUCGGACAGGAAACGGACCACUCUCUGGGUGUGGCAAGCAGGACGCAGACAGCGCAGACUCCCUCCUCAUCAAACAGGCUAACUCAAGCACACUGGGACAACAGACUCUGGAUGGCACUGUGUAGACACACCGUUGGUUGUUUGGAAGAAGCACUAAAAGAAAACUCUGACACUGUGUUCUGAAAGGCUAUUUUAGAGGUUUACAGGACGCCAAGUGCAACUGCAGCCUCUGAACCAUCACUUGUGUUAAUAUUAUAUUCAAUGUUCCAGAAUGUUCAGUUAAACAAUAUUGAUAGAAGAAAACAUUUAUUUCCUCCUCCUUGAUGUUGUUUAAUUGUACAAGUUAUUCAUCGUUUUUUUUUUGGUUGCUUGAUAGAGAAAUAGCUGCAUCGUAUCCAAUGUGUAAUGGCGGUCCACUCUGUUGAGAAUGGAAUAACGUAAUAAUGAUGGAAAAAAGCUUUUUUUGGUGGAAAGAGUUUGUUCUCCCCCCCCCCCCCCCCCCCCCCCUUUUAAAUGAGACUUUCUCUUGUUUCUUUUAGUAUUAUUUAACCCAGGCCUGGAAUACCUGGGUUAAAAAAAAGUAGUAUUUGCCUGGGUGCCAGAUUGGUGGUAUUUGCAGUUCUGUUACAUCCAUCAAUGCCAUUGCUCUAGGCAAGCUUGAUCCAGUCCAGCCUAAACGAUUUGAACUGUUUUCAAAUAGUUUGUCAACCGAGGUCUGGUUGUUACAGUAGCAUGUAUCUGUGAAGUAUGAGACAACAUGGCAGGAUAGGAUGCAGCUAGCGAACCACUGUUGAUUUUCCUCGAGUGCUUUAUGAAGACAACCACCUGUAGGGCUGGGAAUGUUUAGUGACUACGUGUAGUGUGCCUGUAGUGUGUGUGAUGUCCUGUGAUGUGUGUCCCCACUGCGUGAGGUGGCAGGGCGGUACAAGUCUGUGUUCAGCACAAGUACGGCCCCAGCACGACCCCCCCCCCCCCCCCGUUGCCCCUCCCUCAGUGUCAAACCAACUCCAUUUUGGUCCCAAUGGAAUGUAAGUAAAACUUGUGUGCUGUCACGCACAAAACAAAACCAUCAGGCUUCUUUUUGUUUCAUGUGCACAUCUGUUCCAAGAGAAAAUUAGAGAAAGGUAGAGACUUCUAGGGUAAACUUUUUGGGCUGGAUAUGUAGGGUUAAACUAGUGUGUUUACCUACAUGCGUUCCUGGCAUAGCAACUCCAACCCUAUGUAGAUUAGUGCACCAUUACCAUCAUUCCAGUUGAUGAGACAGGCUUACCCUUUACUGUACCAUAUUAACUGGAAAGUGAGCCAUGAGAGUAGUACUUUCAUGGUCAGGGGAAUAGUGUGAAAAUAUCAUGGCUAUCUUAUUUCCCUUUCUAUAAUUUGUAGCCCAUUAGUAAUUGUUUAUCUGUUUACGGCUGGUUUCCAUAACACAUUACACUGCUUCCUGGAAUAAAAAGCAUGCUCAAUGCAUCAUCAGGGUGGGAUUAAAGGAGACUUUUCCUUAUCAGCUUCAUGUUACUUCCUUGACCCAAAGUCUUUCAGCCCAGGAAGAAUUAGUAUGUUUCUAUAAAAUAUUCCAGUCUUGGCCAAUUGACCGCUAGCUAAAAAUCAAUGGAAGUAGUUUGGGCAUGUGCGCAUGUUCUAAAUUACCUGAAAACUCCAUAUUUACUGUAUAUUUUGUAUAUUGUUUUGGAACUCCCUUUACCCCUGCCGAUGCAGCCGAUAAUAUUCAUGGGUUCAAUAUUAAUGUAAAACAGCACAGUAUAUGAAUAUAGUUCUAUAAUAUAGUAUAGCCUCAUUAGGACCAGAAAACUACUACAAAAUACAGAGUCCAUAACUCAUUGUGUCUCCUCACGGUCAAAGAUGUGCAGCAAGGUGUAUUUUUUAAAUUUGUUUUUAUUACUUGCUUGAGUUGCCUGUGUAAGCAUAUUGUCAAUUGGCCAAUAAAAGAAAUGAUUUUCGUGCAUAAGAAAAGAAA